AUGUCUACGAAACCACCGACCAUGCAGGAGCGCUUGAUACAUCCCCUUAAUACUUUUGAAGCUUCACUGAACACACUAAUUCAAUCACUCACCACCACUAAUACUUUCUCGGCUGCUCCAAAGGCUGCUACAGAGAUUGUGACAGCUGAUGAUGACCUUGAUGCAGCCCUACUUCUACUUGUGCGACACCAGCAGAAUCACCAGACAAUCCUACAUAUGCGCGCAGAGAAGGAAGCUCUUCAGACCAAGAUUAAGGACACUAUCUUCGAAUGCGUGCGAUUUAGGAAAGAAUUGCAUUCGAUCGACCCACGGAUUACGGAUCUAAGCGAUUCAGAAGACGAAGUACAGACCCGUAACUUGAACCCUGUUGACUAUAAGCAGCUUCUUGCUUUCUCAAGCCGCAUAGGACGAACGAAUGCUACAGUCUUCUUGGAAGCACAGAGAGAGAGCCAACGUUUAGAAGCAGAAGCACGUCAGCAAAGAGAAGAGGAGAGAGAGAAGGAGCGGCUUCAUAAACAGACUAUGCCUGUUGUCAAUGGAAUUAAUCAUGCUGCUACAGCUCCGGCCACUAAUGGAAUCACAACCGCCUCACCGAGACCAGGCACAUCCCACACCGAGCCAACUCAGGAGGCACGAACACAAAUUCGGAACGCGCAGAUAGAGGCAACGAACUACAAAUAUUACUCAACCAUGCCAUAUCCAUUGUACGAAAUACGUAAAGGUAGACUAGGAAGGUUGCAAGAGAUGCUAGAACAAGAUGGCGAGCCCGCAGUAGAAGCGGAAGUCGAAAGACUGGUGCGAGAGUCAGAGCUACGGAAGAAGCCCGAGCCUGCUCUGGAGGUUGAGUCGGUGGUAGAGCCGGAAGGACGAGGAGAUCAGCGUCAGGCACAAAGACCAAGAGAACCAGCACCACCCAGGAAGAUGGUUAAUCUUGACUUUCCAGAGGAUGAUAGUUCUGACGAGGAAGGUUAG